AUGUGCCACACCAGCUGCUCUUCAGGCUGCCAGCCAGCCUACUGUGUGUCCAUCCCCAGUCAGACCUCAUGCUGUGUGUCCAGCCCUUGCCAGCCUGCCUGUUCUGUGUCCAUCCCCAGCCAGUCCUCCUGCUGUGUGCCUGCGAGCUGCAGGCCUGCCGUGUUCAUUCCUGUGAGAUUCCAGGUGGCCUGUGGCGUGCCUGUGAGCUGCAGGCCAGGCUUGUGCGUGGUCCCCUCCUGUCAGUCCUCUGGAUGCUGCCAGCCCUCCGGUCCUACCCUGGUCUGUAGACCUGUCACCUGUAGCACCUCACCCUGCUGCUGA